AUGGGUUUUCUAAAAAUUGGAACUCCAUUAAGUUGGGAAGAUGUGCAGAAUGUCAAAUCAUUAAUUAGAUUAUAUGGAAUAUUGCAAUUUGUUCAUUCAUAUAAAUGUAAUAAGGAUAGAAAAGAUGAACAUAUUAUGUUUGGAGAUGAAAUAGAAUAUAUAAUUAUAAGAAAUGAUGAUAAAUUAAAAGAAGCAUCUGCAUUAUUAUGUGCAACUGAUUUAAUAGAUGAAAUGAUGAAUUUAGAAAGUGGAAAUGAUUGCCAAUAUGGAUCCCAUUGGACUCCUGAGUAUUCUUCUUUUACAAUUGAAGGAACUCCAUCUGUUCCAUUUAAAUUUGAAUUAAAUUCAUCAUAUUUCAUUGAGCAUUGUAUGAAAAUAAGAAGAAAUAAAUUAAAUAAUGUUUUAAGUGGUUUGAGAGGUGUUCAAGCUAUAACAUUACCAUGUUAUCCUAAUGUGCUUUUAAAUAAUAGCCUUAUUAUGGCAAAAAAAAUAAAUCUUGAAAAAAAAAAAAAAAAAAUAAAUAAACAAGAAAUAGUAGAAACAUCUCCUAUAAAUUACAAUUGUAUACAAAUUAAUAAAACAAUUCACGACUCAGAAAGUUGUGAUGAAAAUGAACCACGAAAACAUAUUUCUCAAAAAAAUGAAAAUAAAAAUACUAGUAAUGAUAUUAUAUCAGAAGAUGUUGAAGAAAAUAAAUCAACCCAUUUUGUUAGUUCAGAUUUUACCCAGCAAAAAUAUGACGAUCUUUUAGUUCCUGAUAUAUCUAUGGAUGAGGUUGAUAUUAAUAAUAGAAAUGAUCCAAAAAAUGAUGAAUGCGUCGAAAAAGAAGAUGAAUGCCAAUGUGAUGUUGCAAAUGAAACGCUAGGCAUCGAAGAAGAAGAUAAUAUUUUUAUUUCAACAAUAAAAGAAAAUUCAAUAUUUAAAUGUGAAUUAUUUAAACCAGAUAUAACAAGUGAAUAUAGUAAUAGCUGCUUAGUUACAGAUAUGGUUAUAAGCCCACAUUCUAGAUAUGUAACAUUAACUAAAAAUAUACGAAAAAGAAGAGGAACUAAAGUUAUAUCAUUUAAUGAAAUAUAUAAAGAUGUAAAUACAGAGAAUAUGGAUAUAUGGAAAUUAUCUUUAGAUAAAAAUGACAAAAGACUUUUUAAAAAAAAAUUAAAAAAAACAACCUUAGAUGGUCAUCUUAUUUGGAAUAAAUCAAUGACAAAUGAAAAGAAGAAAAGUGAAAAAAAAAAUAUAAUAAAAAAUGAUGAAACUGAAUUAUUAGACAAAGUGAUAAAACAUAGUUUGUUCAGCAACAUAGAUGAUGAUGAAGAUUAUAUAUAUUCUUAUAAUCGUGAAUUUAUAGAAGAAUAUUCAAAAAAAUGUAAAAAUCCGAUUAAAAAUUAUGUAUAUUUAGAUGCAAUGUUUUUUGGAAUGAGUAUGUGCUGCCAACAAAUUACAAUGUCUUUUCAAACAAUUAAUGAUGCAAAAUAUGUAUAUGAUCAGCUAGCUGUAAUUGCACCAUUAUUUUUAGCUAUAACUGCAUGUACACCAUAUUUAGGUGGAUUCUUAACAGAAACAGAUGCAAGGUGGAGAGUUAUAUCAAAUAGUGUUGAUUGUAGAACUGAAGAUGAAUUAUCUUAUAUUUCAAAACCAAGAUAUUCAGGAAUCUCUCUUUAUAUAUCGGAUGAAUUACCAUUAAAAAAAAAUUACUAUUUUUAUAAUGAUAUUGAUAUUAUAUUAAAUAAAAAUGUUUAUGAUAAAUUAAUAAAAGAAAAUGUAGAUGAAUAUUUAUCUAGGCAUAUUUCAUCACUAUUUGUUCGCGAUCCAAUUGUAGUAUUUGAAGGUUCAUUUAGUGAAAAGGAUAUUACCACAAUACAAAAUAUUAUGCAUGAAAAAAAUGAGAAUAUUAAUAAUUCAAAAAUGUGGAGCGAAGAGGAAAUGAAUAAAAUAUAUUUAAGUGAUGAUUUUGAAUUUUUAGAAGACUAUAAAGAAAAAGUAUUAUCAUCGCACCAACAUUUUGAAAAUUUCCAAAGCACUAAUUGGAAUAGUGUUAGAUUUAAACCGCCACCAAUAUUAGAUAAUAAUUAUUUAAAUGGUCCAAGCUCAAUUGGAUGGAGAGUAGAAUUUAGAACUCCAGAUAUUCAAAUUACAGAUUUUGAAAACGCUUCUGUUGUUGCUUUAAUUAUGACAUUAUCUAAAUUUAUAUUAAAAAAAAAAUUAAAUUUAUACAUACCAAUGUCUAAAUUAGAAGAAAAUUUAUUUCGAUCAUCAAAACGUGAUGCAAUAUUAAAAGAAAAAUUUUAUUUCAGAAAUGAUAUAAAUUAUGAUACAUGUAAUAAUGAAAUUGAAGAAAAAAGUAUAUAUGAUAUAUUUUUUAAUAAAAAUAAUGGUAUUUUAUAUUUAUGUUCUUUAUAUAUAGAAGAACAAUUUGAACAAGGCUUAAUUAGUUUAUCAGCAAAAAAUAAAAUAAAUGAAUAUAUACAAUUUAUUAAAUUAAGAUGUAAAGGUGAAAUAUGUACUGGAGCUUCAUUUUUAAGAAAAUUUAUUUUAAAUCAUUCAGCAUAUGAACAAAAUUCAUAUAUAAACAAUCAAAUUAAUUAUGAUCUUUGUAAAUUAAUAUCUGAUAUAGGAAAAGGUGAAAUUGCUCCUCAUGAAUUGUUAGGGGGUUUUGUCGACCCCCAUAAAGAAAGAAUAAAAAAUAAUUUAAGACAAAUUAGUAAAAGACAAUAUUUAAAAUCUUUAGCUUAUAAAUUUAUUUCUGGGGAAGACUACACUCAGUAUCUUCUCCUUAAUGAAGAUCUAAAACAUGAUAAAGAUUUUUUUAUUCAAAACAAACACACAAAUUAUGAGGAAUCUGAUGAAUACAUUGAUAAUAACAUGCUUGAGUUUGGGAAAAAGUUGUAUCAAUUCAGUGCAUAG